UAUCAAACACGUACUCAUUACAAAAAUGCCUCUUCACACUACUUCCCUCUUGCCUCUGGCUAUUAGAUAACCCCAUAUCCUUAAGUUAAAACCCAACACACCACAUUCACAACUCACAAAGGGCUUCAACAAAAAAAAUACUCAUCAAGCUCCUUGUAGACAACAGCUCAAGGAAGGUGCUCUUUGCAGAGGCCGGAAAGGACUUCGUCGACUUCCUCUUCGGACUCCUGGAGUUUCCCUUGGGCUCCAUUUUGGCGCUUAUGUUCGAGCAGGGUGUGUCUGGGUCUGGCUCCUUGGGCAAAAUCUACGAGAGCGUCAAAAACCUCGACAAUGACUAUCUCGUCUCGGAUCAAAGGGGGAAGUCCCUCUUGAGACCCCGAAUUGCUGAUGUAGCCUCGGCUUCAGACACCAAGCACACUCUGUUGAAGCAAUUCCCAAAGCAGGAGCACUCCAAUCACUCCAAUCCGUUCCAACAUGAUCAGAAAUCAGUACAAUGGAGUCCUCAAACAUUAUCCCCAUUUUGUAGUAGUUAUACAACAGGAGUAACUGCUCCAGCACCUCCAAUGGUGGAGGAAGGUUAUGUUAAAGGAGUGGUGACUUACAUGGUGAUGGAUGAUCUGAUCGUGAAACCCAUGUCCAACAUCUCUAGCAUUUCUCUUCUCUGCAGUAUUGGGGUUCAAAAUCUGAGCUUUGUGGAAGAGAAGACCGUGGAGGUUGACUUGGACAAGGGUUUGAAGCUGUUGAAGGCCUCCUUUGAGUCUAACACCGUUCUCACCGAUGUGUUCCUCUCUACUAUGCGAUUUACAAUUUAAGACGAGGGGGGGAAAUGGUUUUGUUAUUUUAAGGUCGAUCAGCCCAUCGUAGUUGAGAGUAGCUAUUGUGAUGGAAGGAUGUGUCCGUAGCUAGGUUAGUUACUUGUAGCUAGCUUAACUUAUGUUACUUUGAUUGUGAAAAUUUUCAGUAGUCGGGGAAAAACUUCCAAGGCUUCCUCCUGCGGCAUCAGUUGUUUGUUUAAUUAACAUUGAUCGUCUAAUAUAUUAUGGGUUGUCUACA